CGUAAACAUUUCAAACUUUGACUUUCAAACUAUUUUUGUUUUGCAACAGCAUGGGUAAUUAUGUUUCGGGUUGGGGUAAAACAGAAGGCACAACUACGCCAAGAAAAAGAAACCGCGACGAAUGUGAACCGGACAGUGACAAUGAUAGUGAUCCAGAAUUUCUACACACACCAAAAAGGAAAAAGCUUCACACUACUUCCAAGUAUAUCUAUGAAACCCUAUUUGUGAGUGGUCAGAAUAGUGAUGUUACUAUACAGGCACUGGGAAAAGAAUGGCAUCUACACAAAGUUUAUUUAUGCCAGUCUGGUUAUUUUUCAAGUAUGUUCAGCGGUUCAUGGAUGGAAUCCAGUUCUUCAUGGAUCACAAUUGAUAUACCAGAUGACAACAUUGAUAUAGAAGCUUUAAGAGUAGCGUUAGGUUCUUUGUAUAGAGAUGAUGUCAUGAUCAGUCCAUCUAAAGUUGUUCCUAUCUUAGCAGCUGCAACACUACUCCAGUUGGAUGGUUUGAUUCAACAAUGUGCUGAUAUAAUGACUGAAACAACAAGUAAAAAAACAGUAUGUACUUAUCAUGCUGCGUCCUCUGCUUAUGGAUUAAGCCUCGUAGCUAAUAGCUGUGUACAGUGGCUUGAGAGGAAUCUGAUGUUACUCCAGAGUGUUACAGUACUAAGGGAACUAAGUAUUGAAUUAAUGGAAACCAUAAUAAAAUCUGCAAAUUUAUUUGUAUUACAAGUUGAAAUGGAUGUGUACACAAUGGUGAAAAAGUGGACAUUUCUGAAGAUAACCCCAUCAUGGCAAGGUACACUGAAACAGUUGACUGCAGAUGCAGAUUCCUAUUUUAGAAGUUUGGAGGCUGGUGAAUUUCUUGAAUCCGAAAGAGAAUGGUUAUUACCAAUUUACAAACACCAAUGGCAGGCUAUGUUAGCUGUUGAAAUAGGAACUGAUAGAGGGCCAGCUGAGAUAUCUCUGGAUAAACUUGGUGAACAUGGUAUGAGGUGUGGACGAAUUAUAAAUAAAGAAGGAGAUAAGUCAUUGUUUACUUGGCAAUCUAUGAAUUUAAAACCCAGUAAACAAGAUCAAAAUAGUGAAUAUCAGAAUAGUGAAAUGGAAUGUCAUGGAAAACUAAUGGUUUUACAGUAUGGUUAUCCUAUAUGUAGACCAGAUCAGAGGAUCAAGGGUAACACUAUCUGGGUAUCGCUUUAUCAAUCCAGAUCUGGGAAAGUUAGGAGAUUCAGACUAGAUGAUAUAAGUAAACAAAUGGUGUGUGAAUGA